GUGUGCUUUAUGUCAUAAUACGCGUGGUAGCGGGUAGUUUGUAUUGUCUUUCCGUACAGAAUGUACUCAAUCGUAACAAGAUGUAGUGCAUUAUUGACUAUCACUCUCACCGCAUAUUCUGCAUUAAUGCUGUUUUGUUUCCUGUCUACUGUAAACAUCAGACCUUCAGCUUCUGUUGAUAUCAACGUUGGUCGUGCAAUAGUCGAUCGAGCUGACGAUUACACUCUUCACAGCGGUCAUCACAAUGAUUUGGGUUUAAUAACUAUUGAUUUAUCAUCUUCCUUAGAUCACUUGUUCAACUGGAAUGUAAAACAACUGUUUUUAUAUCUUUCUGCAGAAUACAAGUCCGCAGAUAACAAACUAAAUCAAGUUGUUUUGUGGGACAAAAUCAUCAAGCGUGGGUCAAAAGCUGAACUGGUUUACAGGAAAAUGACCUCAAAGUAUUAUUUUUGGGAUGAUGGCUACGGACUAAUUGGCAAUGAUAAUGUCACUUUAACUUUGUCUUGGAAUACUAUUCCUAACAUUGGUUUUCUCACUUUCGAUACUGGUAAUGGUUACCACUCGUUUUCAUUCCCCAGCCAAUAUGUCAAUAUUAAGUAGUAGAUUUAAGCAAAAUUCACUCCGACCACUGUAUUAUAAAAUGUUCGUUAGUAAUGACAUGCCAGAAUUAAUAUCGUUUUCUUUGUUAACAUUUUUAUUGAAACUACUUCACAUUAUUUUGCUGAAAAACAUAAAUGUACAACAGGUAUACUUUUAGCGCAUUAUAAAUCGUACAAUACAGCUUUUUUUGAACUAGUC